CGAAUGAAGAUCCUUGAAUGGUUAACAGUAUUAUUAUUACUGUGUAGUUACAGCUUAACUUCUUAGCGCUAAUCAAAACUUUUGAGAGGAUCCUCUGUACAGUAAAUAUUACACAGACGAGAGAGGAAAGCAGCCUUUUGAUAAGCUCGGGAACCCGAGCCGUCGCUCUUCAUCGCUGGAGGACUUGCGACGAUGCAGGCCCACUCCCCUCUCCCCUCCGUAGAACCACAAACCGAACUCAACCACUGCUGUACAUAGAAUACUGUAUGUGCACACACGACGAUCGGCAGCUUUCCUCGAAAUCUGCGUAUUUUGUCUUUCCUCUUCUGUUAGAGGGCUUCACCGAUCAUCGACGUAUGUACACAGUAUGCCUGGCGCGGGAAGCGGGCGAAUAGGAACGGAAUAGGGUUUCCAAAAUUCAACACUAGGUCCCAUGAGCAACCAGCUCACCGUCGCUCGGCUCAAAAGCCGGGUCAUCUUCCUAUUCUUAUGAACAUCCUCAGUUUUGAACAAAAGUGCCCCAAGUUCAUUUUAUUUCUACCUCGUAACAUACCCGGUGCAGCAUGUAUAGAUGUGGCUCGAAUGAGAGACAUAAUUCCCGUCCUGAGAGCUGUGGCAUGUGUUCCUCCUCUGGGUGAAUUCUGACUGGCACGCAUCGUGAAUACCUGGGAAUCCAUCCAAGGCCAACAGUUUGCCUGGAGAGUCGCUUCCGCUGUUGCGCUAGUUCGUUGACGGGUUACAUGGCAGCUGCCACAUUCAUCGGCUCCGGUCCCAGGAACGCACGGUGAAAUCUCCGCUGCAGUCACUUGAGAAUUAGCACAAAGCUAUACACUGCGACAGACAACACAGCAGCAAGGUCGAAUAAAUAAUACCCUAGGUACACCUCUUCACCCUUGUCCCGCUCCGUGUGUUGCUCCUGUUUCCCUCCUAAAGACUUUCCUCCUCCUCCUCCUCUUGAAGACACUCGUUUUUCUCUCCUUUUCUCCCUAACCUCGCACACCCUAGACUUCUUUUUUCAAACCACAAGCUCCUUUCAAUUACAUUCAAGUCGCUCAUUUUCUGCUGCGGACUGUCUUCCUAGCAGUGUGCCAUUGAACUAUAGGUAAUAAAUAGUUUAAAAGACAAUUUUUCUCUCAUCUCUGCUUUGUUGCUGAAACUUGUCACAAAAUGUCUACCACUCUCUCCUGGCAAGAUCCACCACUUGCAUCUUCUAUUCCAACCAUUACCCUAUUCACCCUCGUGGCGCUCUGCCUGGCUACAUUUGCCCGAAAGGUCCGGAAGGGAUAUCAUGAUUUCCUUGCGCUUGGGCCUGGUGGGACACCAUCCACUCCUGUUGGCUAUCUUCGCAUCUGCGUCUUGCGCAUCUUUACCUUGCGUAAUCCCCUGAACCCUCCCCAUAUCCCAUCAUACAUUCAUCCACAAAGCGGGAUCCUCAAUGACCUACCCAAGCGAAUCGGCAGCCGCCCAGAAGUUGUUGGGAUUGCUCCGCAGCGGCAGAUGACUGACCGGGGCCCGAAGGCCAUAUAUGCCGCCUUGACCGCAACAAUUAAAGAGCUAUCUCUCCGGCACCCAGACAGCUUAUUCCUGGGGGUCUCCCGCUUCGAAAAACACAACACGGGCCUCUUCUCCCUUCCUAGAUGCCAAAGCCAUCUGACAUGCAACGGCGAAAUCUGCCAUUCCCAUGCGUACGACGGUAGCAUGCACCUCACCCUCCACCCAGCAGACGUCAAAACCAUCAUCGAAAAAGGCUGGGGUGAGCGCCACCCCUUAGCUCGGGAAAGCUGGUGGUGGAGAUUCCGGUUCGUCCCGCCCACUUUCGUCCUAAUCUACUCCCCGCGCACCGUGGAAGAACUACGCUGCGUGACUCAGAUCAUCUACGCCGCGUCGUGGUGGAUUAGCGGGAUUGAUUUACGCAAAUUCGACCCGAACAACGGCAUCACACCAGCAACGGUUCAUGAGCAGGAAUACCAGCAGCGGCAGAAGCAGCAGCAGGAGAGCAGUGAAGCGGAAAGUGACGGUGUGAGAACAGACCAGGUAUGGUCCUCCUACUCUACUGAGCUUAACGCAAAUGCAAGUCAGGCUUCAGCUUCAGGAUCCGCGACGUGCGACAUGCCCGGGUUUCCCAUGGGAGGGGCAUGAACCAGAGCAACCGCGAAAAUGGUAUUUAUUUUCUUCUCCCCACCCCAGGUUCAGUCUGGGGGAGGGUAAACCUCAUAUUUCGCCUAGAGUGUAGACACAAAGGAAAAUGAUGGCUCAGCAUAUAAUUUAUUGUCAUUGGUUUGUCUUUCAACCCUCUACAGAAAUGAGAUGGACACCGCGCAGCCAACACAAGACAACUCUGGAACAACACUCAACACUCAAGUGCCCCCUACACUCAUUGAAAGAACAAAAUACCAAGUGCUAAGUUGUUUCAAUCUUUUUUCUUAUUUGUUUUCCAGCUAGGACAGCGUGCGCGAAAGUCUCCUAGCAGCAACAAGUUUAUAAAAGAAAUUAAUGACUCCCCCCAAUUCAAUCAGCAGUAGUGUAAAUUGGAGAAAAACGCUCUUCUGCUAUUUAAAAUGCUGGUAGGCGCUUUUCCCUUCUUUUUUACUCCAUUGUCUCUUUCUGUGUUUCGCAAAUUCUUCAUACAAUCUUCAACGAUUUCUUUAAUCUUCCCUCCCCCCCCUCUAAUUCUGCUUCCCAUUUUUUUCCGGCUGGCACUAAGCUUGUUAACCCCCCGCCUGUUUCCCCUCUUCCAGGUGGGUUUCUUCUUCUUUUGUUCUAUUGUUUUAAAUGAGAAUGGGGCGUCUGGAAAGGCUCUUUACGGUGGCUGAUAUCUUUUUCUUUUUGUUGUGCGUUUCUUAAUUGUUUAGAGGAUGGCUGGAUGGAUGGACUGAUGGAUGAAUCAGGAAAUAUCCUCUCACGCCCACUCCGUGUUUUGGGAUUUUCUUGCCCCCUUUUCUGCCUUUUAAUCUACCAUUUUUAUUUUGUCCGUUUGUCAAUGUUUUAGUUAAGUCAAUGAAUGGGAAUAAUUUAACGUGGGAAAUUGCAAUUGAAAAUCGAAAGCAAAAAGUCAAAGCUAUAUUUUGCUAUAUUUGUGAAGUUGCAAAGGAGUACUCCGAUACUUUCCCUUUUGCACAGUUGCAUAACCUGCAACUUCUGCAGAAUGGGAUGGGAUGGAACGGGUAGAACACACCUCCCUUCCUCACUACAAGUACUCUACUCUACUCUACUCUUCACAUUCCACUUCCCUCCAUCUCUCUACCAUGGAGGAGUAACAUGCGAUGUGAAAGUGGAAGCAAAGCGGCAGGAGUCUUAAUGUACGAGAUGAAAGAGCACAGGAAUAAAUAAAUAUUGGAGAAGAAAGGGGAAUGACAAGAGAAGAAAGUGGCAGCGCACUGGUGCAAGAGAUAGAACCGAAAAAGAGAACCAUCUGACGGACGAAAUGACAUCUACACAUAUCUCAUGUCAAAGUGUUAAAAAAAAGAAUAUAAAAAAAUGCGAGGGGGGGGGGGGGUGUGGGCAGGAUGCGCGACGCCUCUCUUUCUCCCUUUUACUACCCGUGGGCUGAAGGCUGAAGUGAGGUGAGUAGUGAUAUCAAAAUCAAAGGCAGGCUAGCCGGGGCCGGACGAGCAGAGCACGAAUUUCCUACGUAGCCACACACCAAGGCCCUUAUCCUAUGCUAUUUUAUCUGGGCAAAUCGAGCCAAUACAGCGGGAAGAGGGAGAGAUGAACCCUUUAAUUGAUUUUCGUAAGGGGCACACACGCACAUACUUCUAUAUCGAAAGAUGGCGAUGCAUGCAUGGAGAGAUCGAUGGAGAGACGGAUGGACGCGUAAAGCAAAGCUACCAACGCAACCAAAAUGCAGCAGGUCAACAGUGUACGAGGACGAGAUAAGGAAUGGAAAAGGAAAAAAGAGGAACCGAAGUAGAAAGUUUGAGAUAAUAUAGUUACUUUAAAACAAUAAAAGAGGAAACAGGCGAGUUAAUAAUGAUAAAUAGUAAAAAAAAAGAACAUGAAGUCAAGGGGGGAGGGGCACAAAGAGCUGAAGAUGUAUGCGCAUAGUGACAUGAUUAGCAGACCCGCGGGG